AUGGGGUACAGAGGGGUUCAGGGGGCUCCUCUUUCCCUGCAGCCCCCAAACCCCCCCAGAGAAGGAACCCCACGCCCCCACCCCACCAACACCUGCAGCCCCCGGGGCCUUUCGGACACCGCAGCAAAGUCCGACGGCACCUCGGACACUCCGGGAAGGGACAGCAGGACAGCCACCCCGAGUGGUGACAGAGGUGACACCCCUGCAGCCCCCCCGGUGCCCCCACCGCCCACCCACUGCUGCGGCACCGGCUGCCCCAACUGUGUGUGGGUGGCGUACGUGGAGGAGCUGCUGGAGCGGCACCGGGACGGCGGAGCCCAGGCCUUGGCGGCCGUGGAGCAGCACGUGGAGGACGAGAACAUCAAAAUGAUCCUCAGGAUGGAGAUCAGGCUGCGUGCCGGGAAGGACUGAGCAUCCCCCGGGGCUCCCAAAAUGGUGGGAGACACCCCUGGGGUGAGAGGAUGCAGAUUUGGUUGUUUAUAGUGUUUGUUGUGUGCUCAGCACGGGAUCCCGGGGGUGUCACACGAGUCUGGGUCACCUCCCGUCUCAGGGAGCUGCCCUUGGGGACAGGUGGUGGCUCAGGGCUGUGCUGAGCCCUGGAUUUCCCAGGAGCUGGAUGCUGUGCCCUCCCCAGCGUGGCAAAUCCCUGCCAAGGGCAGGCUGGGGCAGCCCUCCUCCUGCUCUGCUCCCAGCUGGAAUUUAAGCACCUUGGGGGGAUUUUCAGCACCUUGGCCAUGCCCUGGUGAUGGGGAGGGCUGAGGGGCUGUGCCAGACCCCUCCCCACUGGCACCACAAAGCCUCUUAGGGGGGAGGGCUCGUGUGGCAGCGAGCACGUGGGAAGCAUCAGCCUCCUGUCAAGGACACUGGCCCUGUUCCUGGUGUCACAUCCUGCCAGGCUCCUCUCCAAGGUGACUUUUUGGCUUUUCUGCCUCCAUCUUAAAUCCCCAUCAACUUGUUCCAAACCCCCCCUCCAUCCUGGGGGACUCACAGACCCACACAGACCCCUCACAUCAUCCCAGGACAAGGUCCCCAAGAAGCCACCAAGCCCUCGAGUGUCACUCACUAAUGAACCCUAAUUAACAGCCAGGCUCUGCUCUCUGCCAGGGAAGUAGGUGGCUCGCCAUGGAAAACACUCCUGGAUCCCUUUAAUCCUAUUUGUUAGAGCCCAACUAAUUGCAAUUAGUGGCAGGGGCUGAAGUUCAAUUAAAGUGUGCCGAGAUUA